AUGAGAACAAUAAGAUCAAACAAGUCAUUGAAGGAAGUUCGUUGUAUUAGUGAAAAUUUCUUAUGGCAAGUGCGUGCUACAAAGAUGAAAGAUUCAGAAUUCUUUGUCAUUCGACAAUACCAUGAUAUUCACACUUGCUCAUUGAUGAAUCGAAAUACCAAUCAUAGACAAGCAUCCAGCCGUGUUAUUGGUGCUCGUGUACAGGGACACUUCAAGAACAGUAAGGAUCCACUCAACCCGAGAAGCCUCGCGGGAUUCAUGCGUGAGGAAAUGAAAGUUCAAGUAAAUCUAGGCACAGUUACCCACAUUGAACUUGAUUCAGAAAAUAUGUUCAAGUACUUUUUUAUGGCUUUGGGAGUGGCUAUAAGAGGGUUCACCUACAUGAGGAAAGUAAUUGGUAUAGAUGCAACUUGGAUCAAAACUAAGCAUAAAGAGAAGUUGAAGGAGUUGAUACUUGAUAGCUUAGACUUGUGUUUUAUUUCUGAUAGACAUCAAAGUAUCGAACAUGCAGUGCGUCAUGUUUAUGUUAUGGCUUCUCAUGGGGCAUGUUAUUGGCACGUAAAGCAGAAUAUAAAACGUCGUUUCAAAAGCGCUGCUUCGACUAAAUUGUACAAGAAAGCUGCAAUUGCAUACCGUAUCGAAGAUUUUAAUAAACAUUUUGACCAUAUUCGCAAAAUAUAUCCACGUGUUGCUAAGUAUCUUGAGAAUGGUGUCAAGUUCAAAAAGUGGUCAAGAGCACAUUUUGGUGGUAAUCGGUAUGAAGUUAUGACCACUAACAUAGUUGAGACUGUGAAUAAUUUGAUGCGAAAGGCAAGAGAGUAUCCAAUUAUUGCCAUGAUCGAUUUUAUCAUAAGCACCAUGGGACAGUGGUUCCUUACUCAUCGUCGAGAAGCAUAUGCUGUGACAACUCCAUUGACAUCGAAGAGAGAGGAAACCUUAAGAAAAAGAUGGGAUGAAGUUGGUUCAUUGAUAACACUCCAAUUAAAUGAGAAUGAGUACAAUGUAAUGUGUGGAGAAUUCGAUGCAAUAGUGAAUUUAAGGUCAAAAAGUUGUACGUGGAAAAAUUUUUAUAUUGAGAAGCUUCCAUGUAUUCAUGCCAUAGCAGCAGCAGGAAAGUCCCAACCUCAAAAUACUGGGGAACUUAUAUAUUUGUUGUGUUCAAAAUUCUACACUUCAGAAUAUUGGUUGUUAGCAUAUGCUGAAACUAUAUAUCAUGUUCCUCCAAACUCACAGUGGACCAACAUUCCUAAAGAUGUUACUGCAAUACAAGUGAUAGCACCACCUGAAGACAUCACUAAAGGGUGA